CACUGAAACAGUCCAGGCAUCUGCAACAUACGAGUUCAAGCUUAGUUAUCUCAGGAGAGAAAACACGAGAGAUGUUCUCUCUCUCUCUCUCUCUCUCGCUCACUCUUGCUCUCUCUCUCUCUCUCUUUCUCUCAGGCAUUUGAGUGGAAAAGGAAAACAAGAAGAAACAAGGCUUCUUCCUGCAGGAGCUACACAGGGCAUAGCUCUGGGAAACACAGGAAGCAAUCCAGUGCAUUAUCCACUCAAUCCAGGCUCAGGACUAAAUUCUUGGCAGCCACUCGACAUCAAGCUGUCAUAAAACACAUGUCAGCACAGUGGUAGUGCAAGACUUAAAGAACUUAGAAAGCAGAAACAGACCAGGGCAGGAGCACAGAGACUCAGUGAGACAACUCUGUCAAGAAGUUGAGCAGUUUUCAUUUGUAUUUCAUUUUUCUCUUGUGAAUUAGGCCUUUUAUCACCUGCACAAUGGCGAGACUGCUAUUUCUUUUUGUCAGCUGGUUAAUUGGGAUGUGUAAUACAUGGAUAACUGCAUCAGUAGCCGAGCGACGCCACCAUCGUCUGCAACACGGGCCCUGCAGCUUCACUUUCCUUCUACCUGAGGUGGACCACUGUCGGAGUGGUCACAGCUAUCAUGUAAGCAACUCACUGCAGCAAGACUCACCUCCACCUGCAACAGCAGAAGAGCAAUGGCCAAAAAAACGACUAGAAGCACUUGAAAGCGUGUUGGAGAAUAACACUCAGUGGCUGCAAAAGCUUGAGAGCUACAUCCAAGAAGACGUCAAGAUGGAAAUGACACGCAUGCAACAUUCUGCUGCCCAUAACCAAACUGUGGCGAUGCUGGAAAUCGGCACCAAUCUCUUGAGCCAGUCAGCUGAGCAAACUCGGAAGCUCACAGAUGUGGAAACACAGGUACUGAAUCAAACAUCUCGUCUAGAGAUUCAGCUGUUGGAGAACUCUCUGUCUACUCACAAGCUAGAGAAACAGAUUCUUAUUCAAACCCAGGAAAUAUCUCAGUUGAAUGAGAGAAACAGCUUGCUAGAACAACGUUUUCAAGACAUGGAGAAGCUGCGAGCCCAAGAGCUGCAGAUCCUCAAGGCAGAGAAACUCCAGUUACAGGAGCUUUUAAUGAGACAAAGUGGGCUAAUAGAGGAGCUGGAUAAAGAGCUGGUGGCUGCCACUUUAAACAGCACCCUACUUCAACGUCAGCAAUCAUCGCUCAUGGAAACUGUCCAUCAACUCCUUAACAUGGUGACUCAGUGCAACGAGAUUUCAGUGCCUCCCAAGGAGGAGGAUGUAAAGUUUAAGGACUGUGCAGAAAUUUACAAAUCUGGGCUCACAACCAGCGGGAUCUACACAUUAAGCAACUCAAAUGAAACUGUUAAGGUAUUCUGUGACAUGGAAACAAACAAAGGAGGCUGGACUGUUUUGCAGCAUAGAAGAGAUGGGACACAGGAUUUCCAUCGGACGUGGAAGGACUACAAAGUGGGCUUUGGUGAUCCAUCAGGAGAAUACUGGCUGGGCAAUGAGUUCCUCCAUCAACUGACAAGCAGUAAUACGUACACCCUGCGAGUCCAGCUCAAGGACUGGGAUGGGAAUGAGGCUUUCUCACUCUAUGAGCAGUUCAGCAUUGGAAGUGAGGAGCAAAAUUACAGGUUGACCAUUAAAGGCUACACUGGAAAUGCUGGCCGUACAAGCAGCUUCAGCCAUUCGGGUACAGAGUUCAGCACCAAAGACAGAGACAACGAUAAAUGCAGUUGCACGUGUGCCCAGAUGGCAACAGGAGGCUGGUGGUUCGAUGCAUGUGGGCCCUCCAAUCUGAAUGGGAUUUACUACAACGAGAAAACAAGCAGAGCCCGUUAUAAUGGAAUCAAAUGGUAUUACUGGAAAGGGCCAAGCCUGAGCCUUAAAGAGGCCAUCAUGAUGAUUCGACCAGUUGACUUUUGAGGUGUUUGAGGAUCCCCUUGAUGUUGUGGAGAAUAAGUGGUUAAGCAUGGCUCUCACUGGAUUCUUAAAAGGGCUAUGAGAGUGUAUGGACUUGAAUUUCUCUUUUGCACACAUGUGGGGACUUUUCAAGUAUGCAUUGAACACAGGAAGAUUUGUACAAACAUUAUAUCAGCAACAGAUAGCUCUCUGUAUGACACCAUUAAGCUUAGCAGUGUCUGGAAAUAGAGUUCUGUAGGACGCUACAGGCUUUACUCCAUUCCCAUGUCAUUUGUGCUUAGUGCAAUUUAAAAUGGUUAAAACAAACCCAAAGGGAUUUUAGUUAUCUGUUAUUGGUGCUUUAUGGGACUGUUGAGUAUAACCACUAACCGCUGCAAAGCCUUACUGGAAUAAAAAAUCUCAUCCUUUUCACUAAAAUAAAAAUAAUACAAGCCACAAUUCCUCAGGGGACAGAAACAUUAUAAGGCAACACAAACAUUUCAUGUUGCAGAGGCAUGUCACAAAAUAGUUUUCUUUCUUCAUCUCUUUCCCCAACAUGAAUAUUCAGAGACUUUUGAUAUUCAUAAGUAAAGUAUUAGAUCUGUGUAAUGAAGUUUUGUCAACACAGAUCAGAUUCAUACAAAUCUAACGGUCCACUGUGAUCAUGCAGUAGAAUUCUAGCUAUAAGAGAGAGGUUGAGAGCAUGUGCUGAUUACAGUGCAUUGCUGCUCCCACCACAUAACAGACCCCCUGGAUUGGUACCCGAAUGCAGCGGGUGACACUGGAACUGUGUGAGGUUUUUUUUGCAUAUUAUACCUCUAGGCCCUCAUAUAAAUGUUGGUCUGUCUGCUUUCUCCAAUUAUAAGCCCAAUUAGAGACCUCAUACAAAAUGUUGAUUAAUUUUAAGCUUACAGCUUCAGAUUUCAGUUUCUUUAACCAGUGUCACUAAGUAGUUAUUUCUGCUGUUUCAAACUGUCUGUGUAAUAAAGCUUAUUUUCUGA